UAUGAAUCCAAAUAAGAGACUAUAAGAUGCCUUGGUGUAUAUAUAAUGGGAUUCUACUCAAACUUAUCAACAAGUAGUGUUAAUUUUUUCAUUGAGGAAUAAGAGAUACUCGAACAAAUAUCCAAGAUGUCUAGAAUUCCUUUGAUUUUUGUAUGUAUUGCUUUGAUGGCUUGCAUGGUAUCAGCAGUUCCACAAUCACAAACGCAGGGCAGGAUCAGUGGAGCGGAUCGAUUGAACCAACCUGAAAUUGCUAAAUGUCUGCAGUCCAUAAACUGUGCCAUCACUUUCGAUUUCAAACCAAAAUGCGCUUCUGAUGGUAGAACAUACGUGAACUCAAGAACAAUCGACUGUCUGAAUAACUGCUUGAAGCCAAACGAACAAAUAACAAUUGUGUCCAACUGGUAUUGUAAAGAUGAUGCUCCACAGGCUGUCCCUAUCAGCAAACUCUGAAGGAGAUUGAAGCUUACAGAAAUAGAGAUUUCAGACGAAAAAUGAGAUUCGAAAAUAAAGAAGGAUUUGAGAAUUUUUCACCCAAUUAUUAUAGUUUACUUUCAAUUUGAUAUUAAAAUACUCCUUUGAAUUGA